AUGUCUACAGCACCACUUCAUGUUGGUAUCAUUGGCGGUGGAAUCGGAGGCUUAGCAGCAGCUAUUGCCAUAGCAAGAUCCGGCGCAAAAGUUACCCUCCUGGAGGCGGCGAAGGAAUUGGGAGAGAUUGGGGCAGGUAUACAGAUGUAUCCAAACAUUUCGCGCUUCCUCAUCCGAUGGGGUGUCAGUGAUAUACUAGGCAGCCAGCUUGUUACUCAUAAGUACUGUAACACUUGGUUUGGCUCAGAGCUUGUUGCUCACUCUGACCCUCAAUGGAUGGUGAAGGCCACUGGUUUCCCAUGGUGGGUCGUGCGCCGAGACCAUUUGCUCAGUGCUCUCAAAGAAUCUGCGGAGAAACACGGCGCGGAAGUUAUCAUUGCGACUAGGAUCGUUGAAAUUGAUGACGGCGGCAAAGGAGUUGCUGUAACCUCAGAAGAUGGACGAAAAUUCUCCUUUGACUUUGUCGUAGGGGCUGAUGGGAUAUUUGAGGCUGUCCCGGAGGCACGCACUUAUCUCCAUGAUUCAAUGGACAUAUGGGCCGGUCCGAAUGGCUAUAUUCUGACAUACCCCAUUGCCGGUGGCAAAGAGAUGAAUCUUGUUACCUCAUUCUGCAAAGAGGAAUACGUGACUCGAAUGGAAGAUGUCGAUAUCGACGAGUUUCGAGGAUAUUACAAAGAUUUCCAUCCCGUUAUUCGCAAAAUUAUCGACAUAGCCGCCUAUACGAAGCGAUGGCCUCUGCUGCAGAUGCCUCGUAUGAAAACUUGGUCAAACGAAAAGAAGAAUCUCGUACUUCUCGGAGAUGCUGCGCAUUGCAUGCAGAAUCAUAUGGGGCAAGGAGCUGCGACAGCCAUUGAAGAUUCGGCGUGUCUCGGACGUCUAUUGAAUGAAGUCGUUCGCGGUGUCCUUACACUGCCCGAGGCUGUUGAUCUCCAGAGAGGCGACCGCAGCAAGGCAACGACUGCAGAGGUUAAAGCCUAUGAUUCCAACGGCAGCGUUGUGACGCCUAUGCCGCCAGCAUAUCGUUCUUGGGAACUAGCCUUCAACCCCUAUACAGUGCCAGGAGUCUAUUUUCACGAUGCUGAAGGAGAAGCGGACAAUGCCGUUUGCGAUUACCUCCAGGAAAAGGGGGAAGUAGAUGAGUAUAGUUCCUUGGCUAAGGGAUUAAGUGACAAGUGGUGGGGAUACGUGCAUAAUAAUGGGAUCGAUCUCUACAUUCCCGUUAAUGAACACAAUGGGUCUAGGGAGCUUGACGAAGAAGACUACAAAAGGUAUGGCAGAGGCUUGUAA